CAGAAGAAGAGGAGAGGACCCCGGGGUGCUGCUUGGAAGGUACACUAUGCAGACACACACAUACACAGAUAGACACACAAAUGCAUGGACACAUUGACAAACAUGCUGUAGUACUACUUGAAAGGAGCUUCACUGACUACUUUCAGUCCUUGGCCUUAAACCCUAGCCCCUUCCACUUUGCCCUAAAUGUCCUAAUCUAAACCAAAUGCAAGUCUAAUGCGGUAUAAUCCUAAAUCCAAGACAACCCUGAAGUAAUGCUAACAUUAAACCUUACCUUAAUAUAGGGUCCAAUUCUGAUUGUUAUUCAAACGUGAUCUUUAAAACCGUGUCCUGAAACUGACAAAUGUCCUCUUUGGAGGGGUGAGGAAAAGCACAAAGCACAGUGUCCCUUUCUGUCCUCGCCAUUCUUUCACCACAUCUUUUCCAGACAAUCUUCAUAAGCACAGAAAUGCAAGAGCAUGCACUGUAUCAGAUGGAUUUUCCUUCUAUUGUCAGCGAGGAUCGGCUCCAGCGCCCCCGCGACCCUGUCCAGGAUAAGCGGUUAAAGAUAAUGGAUGGAUGGAUAGUCUACUAUCGUAUUCAGUGGCACAGGGAUUGCAAAACAAUAAAUUAAUCAGGCAGUGUUUGCAGGGGUACUCCAUCGAUUUUACAAAUAAACGUCAAUUUACUCGUCCUGGGGGGUCCUACUUAGUUGUAUAAUUUCUUCCCUGGCUCUGGAGGAAGAAAAGAUAACCCUGAUAAAGACGACGACUUUUUAACACAACGGCGGUGCUAUAAACUAGGAGUAUAGUUUGAAAUAUGUACGCUUCGACCUGACAGGGAGGUUCUAAUGCCUAAAGGGAAAUUUAGGAUGUCUCUGCCUCUGCUGCAUCGGUUUUGACCAUUCUUUUUAAGACAACUUUAUAGAUGAGCAACACUAAAUUGCUGCAAUAGCCUUGAAAGGAAAAUGCGUCACCAUUUUGUUCCACUGAUAAAGAUAUAUUUUUACUUUACUAAAGCUUCCCAAAGUGCACUUUCUUGCCACUUUAACACUUGCAGUUAUAUUUAAUGUGUCCAUCCUGUUGCUGAUUUACACCAAAAUCUAUCAAAGCAAAAGUCUUAUGUUAAUGAAAACGGGUAAAUAAUAAGUGUGGAAUUUUGAUUUGUCACUGAAUAGAAUUGUGUUUUUAUUUUUAUUUUUGCAGCGUCUGUGUAUGUGGAUGUGGAAUGUUUUUGAAUUACUGUCGUUCAAACAUCACUUUAUUGUCUUUAUUUUCUUUGCUUUUCCGUGACCUUGUAUUCAAUCAUCAAACAGUUCCUCCGUGUUGCCAUUGUCUUCAUCUUUUUUUUUUCUCUCCAGUCCUUUUUGUUUGUUUUGUUUGCCAUCGUAUUUGUCACAUGUCAUUGUCUCGUCAUGGUUUAUUAUUCAACUUGAAAUAGAGACUUCAAUGUCAACCCACAGUCUUUGUAGACUGGAUAAUGAUGUUGGUAGAAGAGAAUAAGAGGACAACAUAGAGAAUGUGUUGAAAAUGAUAAAACUUCGUUAGAAGAAAGCAGGUCACAUGUGUGAGAAACCCGGCUAUAGAGAGUGUGUUUGGCAGCAUCUGUGGGGCGUCUUGGCAUGUAUGUGUAUGUAGGUGAGUGUAUAUGUACGGUAUUGUGUAUUGUAUUUAAUGUGUCCAUCCUGUUGCUGAUUUACACCAAAAUCUAUCAAAGCAAAAGUCUUAUGUCAAUAAAAAAGGGUAAAUGAUAAUAUUCUAAAAAUAUAUAAAAAUCUUCUAACUUUACCCUCUUAUAGGGUAACUGACUUUAUUCUGAUUCAGUUUAACAUGACUAUGUAGUGAUUGAUGAUCCCACUGCUACAUUACUACAAUAAGGAGAUUAAUAUUAGCCUACAUGAGGUGAUGCCAUAGAUAGAAAUAAAAUAAAGUGCCAUGAAGUCACUGCUAUAGAAAAACAACAACAGAGAAGCGUUUAUAAAGGGAGGCGGAGUCAGCUGUUGGAGAAGCAGGGAGGAGCUGGGUCUGGUUCUGCUGGAUGACUCACUCUGUCAAUGCACACUCAUUCACUCAUUAUAGCGCACACACACGCACGCAAACGCUUACGCGCAGGCACGUUUGGUGGUGGUGUGGGGAGAGGAGGAGGAGGAGGAGGGGGGAUGCGCCAGCAGCAGCUGAAGAGGGCUUCCUAAUCAGAGUUUACCACCAGGGCCGUUCAUUCUCCACUGGAGGGCGAGUGGUACAAGAGCACCGGGACACUCCGGCAGCGGGAGGGAGACAAACAGAGCAGACAGUCGGAAGAAGGGAGACACGGGACAGAGCCGCAGCUGGAAGACACACAGACCAGACACAGAGGAAAACCCCGGAUCCUGCAAAAGCAUCAUUUCUUUUCCGCCCCGUCGGAUUAAACCCUGUCCCCGUCUCCAACACCGACAUCACGCCAAGACAUGAGCUUCUCCCACUGAACCUUAUUGAUGCUGAACUGAGUGGUCCAGUGCUGUCCUCCAGUGUUGCCCCUCCCCUCAAUUUUCUGUCCCUCUGUUUGUCACCUGGUUUGUGAGCAGCCAUGACAAAAUCCUACGAAUUCAACUGGCAGAAGCACUUGCCCGAGUUCAUGCAGGAUGGUGCCUCCUUCGACAGGUUUGAUGAGGACCCGUACGUCUUUGAGCCCAACUGUCGGAUGACGGUGGACGAGUAUGGCUUUUUCAUCCGCUGGAAGAGUGAGGGAAAGGAAGGCCAGGUUCUCGAGUGUUCCCUCAUCAACAGUAUCCGCGUUGGUGCCGUCCCAAAGGACCCCAAGAUCUUGUCUUCAUUCGAGGCCCUUGGAAAGACGGAGGCGGACUUGGAGGGCUGCAUCAUCUGCAUCUGCAGCGGCACAGACCUGGUCAACCUCAACUUCAUGUUCAUGGUGGCGGAGAGCCCCGACACAGCCAGGAAGUGGAUCGAGGGUUUGAGGUCUGUGAUUCACAACUUUAAGGCCAACAACGUCUGUCCAAUGACCUGCCUCAAGAAACAUUGGAUGAGAAUGUGCUUCCAGACCAAUGUGAAUGGGAAGAUUCCUGUGAGAGGCAUUACUCGAACGUUUGCGUCAGGAAAAACCGAGAAGGGGAUCUUCCAGGCUCUGAAGGAUCUCGGCCUUCCAAGUGGAAAGAAUGAUGAGAUUGAACCGUCAGAUUUCACCUACGACAUUUUCUACGCGCUCACACAGAAGAUCUGCCCUCGCACAGACAUAGAGGAACUCUUCAAGAACAUCAAUGGGAACAAAACUGAUUAUUUAACUGUAGAGCAGUUAGUCAGCUUUCUGAAUGAAAAUCAACGUGACCCUAGGUUAAAUGAGAUCCUGUUCCCGUUCUACGACCCGAAGAGAGCCAUGCAGAUCAUCGACAAAUACGAGAGAGACGAAGAGCUGAAGAAGAAAGGCUGCAUGUCCAGUGAUGGGUUCUGCCGGUACCUGAUGUCAGACGAAAAUGCUCCGGUUUUCUUGGAUCGGCUGGAACUGUACCAGGAGAUGGAACAGCCGCUGGCCCACUACUUCAUCAGCUCCUCCCACAACACGUACUUGAACGGGCGACAGUUUGGAGGAAAGUCUUCAGUAGAGAUGUACCGGCAGGUCCUGCUGUCUGGAUGCAGAUGUGUGGAGCUGGACUGCUGGGAUGGGAAAGGAGAGGACCAGGAGCCCAUUAUCACUCAUGGCAAGGCCAUGUGCACAGACAUCUUGUUCAAGGAUGUUAUCCAAGCCAUCAAAGAGACAGCAUUCGUGACCUCAGACUAUCCUGUUAUUUUGUCCUUUGAAAACCAUUGCAGUAAACCACAGCAGUACAAGAUGGCCAAGUAUUGUGAAGAGACCUUCGGUGAGUUCCUCCUCAAACAGCCUCUGGAAAACUACCCGAUUGAAUCGGGGCGCCCCUUACCUUCUCCAAAUGAACUCAAACGCAAAAUCCUCAUCAAAAACAAACGCUUGAAACCUGAAGUUGAACAGAAGCAGCUAGAGGCCUUUAAGAAACACAUGGAGGCAGGAGAGACCAACACCCCCGCCAUCAUUAUGGGAGAGGAGAAUGAAGAGGAAACGGAGAACGGAGAGAAGGAGGCGGAGGAUAAGGAUUUGAAUUCAGAGGCUCCCAGCAGUCUGUCAGAGGCCAACAGUGUUUCCAAGAGUAACGCUGUCAGCACGACGAAAGGAGAACACAACAACAGCAUCAAGAAGGUGCCUGACGAUGACGUGACAGAGAUAUCUGUAGCCACAGAAGCAACAGACGGCACAGAUAUCUCAGAAGCAUCUGAACAAGACAAUAACAAGAAGAGUGUGGAAGAGGCGGAGGACUCUGAAGAGGCUCUGAUAGCUCAGUACACUUAUGUAGGAGCCACCACUAACAUCCACCCAUGGCUCUCAGCAAUGGUCAACUACGCACAGCCCGUCAAGUUCCAGAGUUUUGAUGUGGCAGAGGAAAGGAACAUCCACCAUAACAUGUCAUCUUUCAACGAGUCUGUUGGUCUGGGCUAUCUGAAGACCAACGCCAUAGAGUUCGUCAACUACAACAAGCGUCAGAUGAGCCGUAUCUACCCCAAAGGGGGCCGGGUGGACUCCAGUAAUUACAUGCCUCAGAUCUUCUGGAACGCAGGCUGCCAGAUGGUCUCACUGAACUUCCAGACCCCAGAUCUGGCCAUGCAGUUGAACCAGGGAAAGUAUGAGUACAACGGCUCCUGCGGUACUCCGAACUGUCACUUUUUUUGUCGUGCCCUGUUCCUCAACCCAUCUUUUUUUCCUUUAUUGUGGCUCCUUCUCCACCCUCCCACCCAGGUGAUCUUACCGGAUUUGGCAGUACUGCGCAUCGGCGUCUACGACGACAACAACAAGCUGAUUGGCCAGCGCCUCCUGCCUCUGGACGGCCUGCAAGCUGGCUACCGUCACAUCUCGCUGAGGAACGAGGGCAACAAGCCCCUGUCGUUGCCCACCAUCUUCUGCCAAAUCAUCCUCAAGACCUACGUGCCCGAUGGCUUCGGAGCCAUCGUGGAUGCCCUGUCGGACCCAAAGAAGUUCUUGACCAUAGCAGAAAAAAGAGCUGACCAGAUGAAGGCGUUGGGGAUUGACACGAACGACAUAGCAGACGUUCCCAGUGGAAGCUCAAAGAACGACAAGAAGGGAAAGGGUAAAGGAGACACUGUGAAGGCCAGUGUGACACCGCAGACCAGCUCAGACAUGGCCCAGAACUCCAACUCCGCCCAAAACAACACAGCAGAAACCAAGAAGGAUAAUGCACUCGUGCCUAAUGUCAGCAUUGAUGACUUAAAACUAAUGAAGACGUUCCUUAAACUGAUUAAAAAGCAGCAGAAGGAGCUCAACACUCUAAAGAAGAAACAGUCAAAGGAUCAAAAUACAAUGCAGAAAGCCCACUGCACCCAGGUAGACAAGAUGGUGUCUCAGCAUGAUAAGGAGAAGACAACCCAGGAGAAGCUGUUAGAGAAAGCCAUCAAGAAGAGAGGGGAAAACAACUGCCAGGAGCUGAAGAAAGAGACGGAGGAUAAGAUCCAAACACUGAUCGCCGAUCACAAAGUCAAGGUAAAGGAAAUCACAGCACAGCACACUAAAGAGUGGUCAGAGCUGAUUAGCAGUCACAGCAGCGAGGAGCAGGAGAUGAAGGACAGCCACGUCACUCAGCAGUGCGAACACCUCAAGAAACUCCUGACCACCGUCCAGGAGCAGCAGACCAUGCAGCUAAAACUCAUCCAUGAACGGCAUAGCAAAGACAUGCGUGCCAACCAGGCCAAGAUGUCCAUGGAAAACAGCAAAGCCAUUAGCCAGGACAAGUCCAUAAAAAACAAGGCAGAGAGAGAGAGGAGAGUACGAGAGUUAAACAGCAGCAACACCAAGAAGUUCCUGGAUGAGAGGAAGAGGCUGGCCAUGAAGCAUCAGAAGGAGAUGGAGCAGCUAGAGAAAAACCAGAGAGAACAGUUGGAGAAACUGGAGAAGUUCAACGAGCAGGCCAAGGACAUGCAGCAGAUGGUGAAGUUGGAGGAGGAGAUGGACCGCAGACCUGCCACGGUGGUGUGAGCGACUGAGACCAGAAGCACACACACACACAUGCCGAUAGCCCUCUACAACCCAGAGACAUUAACCCUGCCUACAUCUCUCUGUGCUAUUCUGUCACUCACACACAGUAGCCCUCUGCACCUUUACCCCCACGCACUAACUGUAUACCACUGAGCCACUGGUGCUUAUCACUGUUUGACAGGGGGUUUAACCACAGAGAGAGAGAGAGGAGAAGCAACAGAAUCAGAUGUAUCCCCUCCUCCACUGGAUGUAGAUCACCUUCAAUGUUCUCUGCAUCCUUCACAAGCUGCAGCUAUUGGUGGACACACACACACACUUUCCAUUUUUACUUUUUUUUUUGAUUUCUUAAAACAAAAUCGGUACCCGAUUAAGCACUCCAGAAAUAGUGUGGAAGAGGGGAGAAGAAUACGUAGAAAAAUUAAUGUCAUGUCAGCAAAAAUGAAGAACUUUGUGAAAUACACUGUAUGCUACACACCAGUCCUGUCCUGAGCACCUUGUAUGUGAUCAUAACAAUGUGGAAAAUGUAGCAGUGCACUACUGUAGGUUCUGUAUUUCAGUAAGAAUGUAUUUUUUUUUUUUUUUUUUUUAAAAAGAAGAAAUCACUGUAUGGAGUGGCAAACCCCGAGUGUCACCGGUACCUACGAUGCAAGUUGUGACUACACAAAGAUGUAUCGCGGACUUUUGUUGUUCAUGUAACAGCCAAAUAUAAAAGGCUUAUUAUCUUGCUGAGUCAGAAAACUAUAAAGGGAUCAUGAUGGAUAGAUGUUUAUUAUGGCCCUGUCAAAUGAUGUUUUAAUUAUGAGGAAAUACCCAAGAGAUUGUGUAACUGCAGUCCUAAACUUUUACUUGAAAGUAACAUGCGAGUCAUUUUGUUCAAGUUUACACCUGCAAAACUCAUUUUAUACUCUUCAAAAUCAUGUAUACUAUGCAAAAAAACAAACAUGAUUCCCUCUAAGUUCAAGGUGUACAAAGAGACCAAGAGGAGUAUCGGUAAAAACAAUACAGCAAUAGUAACAAAAUGGGUUUUUUUGUUGAUCACUACAAACCAAAGCAACGACAUGAGUAGUUCCAAACCUCAUUGACAAUAUGAUGAUCUAAUAAAAGGGACAUCUACCAGUAAAUUAAGGUUAAGGUGGACUAAAUCACUACAUUAAAUGAAACUGUUGCAUUAUGGGUUAACUAAAUGAAUCCACUCUUGGCAGCACUGUAAUACAUUGUGUUAGUUGACCAGCACGUCACCACCAGACUAGAACUUUUUCAGACAGAAGUCAAAGCCACCUCGUCUAGUCGGCGUCCCGCUCAUUAAAGGCGUUGUUCAAAUGAAGUGCUCCCUUAAUAGCUUCUUGACUGCACGACAGCAACCUCAGCUUGUAAUCCUCAUUGUUUCCCCAGAAUGAAUAACAAAGCCUGUGACAUGGCUUGCCACACACGUUCCACACGAGGCCCGUAUCCGUCUGUGUCCCAAACGGGUUCCCACUGACUUACAGAUGGCUGAAGGAAGCACGAUUGUGCACAGCCCUGGUGACGCUGACAAAAAGCCACUGCAGAGAAAGAAAUGUGGGAUGAAGCACUAUUAUGAAGUAAUCCUUUGGGUACUAGCAUUUUGUGCACAUAUGAUCAUGCCAGGCAUUCACAUUGCAUGGCACACCACUAACAAAGUGACCAAAAGUCAUCAUGAUAUAAAAACAAACAUUGGGAUAAAAGCAUCUUGAGGUAUUUUGGCCUUGUUAAACGUUUUUCUGUAUUCUCCUGCUGUAACACACUUAAAAGGGUCGAUGGGAUGUUCUUGUAUAUACUGGAAUGUAUGUAGUUAAUUUACUUUUUGUCAUACAAGGGCUCAGGGGGUGGAGUGGGUCUGUUGGAUGUUGGGGAAAGACAUUUAUCAACCACUAGGUUUUCCUCUUUGUUAUCUAUUUGUCUGUUUUUUAAGUCGGCCCUCACUGCACCACACAACACAGUAUAAAGCUCUCACCACAUAUCUAGUGCAGAGACAAACGAGUAAAAAGUGCUUUUAAAUUUUAUUCCAUCGCUUUCAAAUGUGCCACUCGGUGUCUGUUAGGAUGGUAAAAUUAUUUUAUGAAUGACAAAAUGCCAAAUUAAGGGGUUAUUUAUAUGAAGAUAUAUAUAUAUAUAUAUAUAUAUAUAAAUGAAUAUAUAUAUUAGAUAUAGUGUAGUUUAAGAUUAUUAUGUUUGUUAGAGGCUUUUUUGCACUAGUUGAAUGUUUCCGUUAUGUGAUUACAUGUAACUUUUGGCUCUCUAGUUUGUCAAAAUAGCCGAUUAUUUUUGCAGUGCAAGUCACCGAUUUGAUGUCCUCAGUUUAUACUGCAUCUCCUCUUUGUUUUCUAUUUGAACUGUAGCUUGUCAACAAACCAUUCUGUGCGUGUUUUUGUAUUUAUAUUGUGUUGAACUUAAAGCAAUGAAAAUACUGUUGUUAUCCAGCUCCUUUAAUACUGUUUUAUAGUAUGUGUACCAAUAAAUCCAGGUGUAAAAUGGGA